UGCGGGCCUAUCACACGGGGCCGCUAGGUGGGCAACCUCCCGGGAACGCUGGUCUGGGCUGGAGCAAGCGGAGCGCGCAGGGCCCAAUGGCUGCAAAAUCCCAACCCAACGCUCCUAGAACCAAGAAUCCUACUGACAUCUCCAACGGCAGCACUGCACCUCAAGGGCAAUGGGGCCGUGCCUGGGAGGUAGACUGGUUCUCCCUCGCAAGCGUCAUCUUCCUGCUGCUGUUCGCGCCCUUCAUCGUGUACUACUUCAUCAUGGCGUGUGACCAGUAUGGCUGCUCUCUGACUGCCCCCAUAGUGGACCUUGCCACAGGUCAUGUUGGACUCUCAGACAUCUGGGCCAGGACCCCGCCUGUGACGAAGGAAGCAGCCCAGCUCUAUGUCUUGUGGAUCACAUUCCAGGUGCUUCUGUACAUAUCUCUUCCUGACUUCUGCCAUAAAUUUCUGCCAGGCUAUGUGGGAGGAGUCCAAGAGGGGGCUGUGACUCCUGCAGGAGUUGUAAACAAGUAUGAAAUCAACGGUCUGCAAGCCUGGCUCAUCACCCAUCUCCUUUGGUUUGUCAACUCCCACUUCCUGUUCUGGUUCUCUCCAACUAUCAUCUUUGACAACUGGAUUCCGCUGCUGUGGUGUGCCAACAUCCUCGGCUACACUGUGUCCACUUUCGCAAUGAUCAAGGGCUACUUUUUCCCUACCAAGGCUGAAGACUGCAAAUUCACAGGCAAUUUCUUUUACAACUACAUGAUGGGCAUUGAGUUUAAUCCCCGAAUUGGGGAGUGGUUUGACUUCAAGCUGUUUUUCAAUGGACGCCCUGGGAUCGUCGCCUGGACCCUCAUCAACCUGUCCUUUGCAGCUAAACAGCAGGAACUCUAUGGCCAAGUGACAAAUUCCAUGGUCUUGGUCAACGUCCUGCAGGCCAUCUACGUGCUGGACUUCUUCUGGAAUGAAACCUGGUAUCUGAAAACCAUCGAUAUCUGCCAUGACCACUUUGGCUGGUACUUGGGCUGGGGUGACUGCGUCUGGCUGCCGUACCUUUACACACUGCAGGGUCUGUACUUGGUCUACCAUCCAGUGCAGCUCUCCACCCCCCACGCGGUGGGCGUCCUGUUGCUAGGCCUGCUGGGCUACUACAUCUUCCGCAUGACCAACCAUCAGAAAGACCUGUUCCGCCGCACCGAUGGGCGCUGCCUGAUCUGGGGCAGGAAGCCCAAGGUCAUCGAGUGUGCGUACACGUCCGCCGACGGUCGGAAGCACCAUAGCAAGCUGCUGGUGUCGGGCUUCUGGGGCCUGGCCCGCCACUUCAACUACACAGGUGACCUGAUGGGCAGCCUGGCCUACUGCCUGGCCUGCGGCGGGGGCCACCUGUUGCCUUACUUCUACAUCAUCUACAUGGCCAUCCUGUUGAUCCACCGCUGCCUCCGGGACGAGCACCGCUGCGCCCUCAAGUACGGCAGAGACUGGGAGCGCUACAUCGCCGCUGUGCCUUACCGCCUGCUGCCCGGGAUCUUCUAAGGGGCAUCCCACGGAGAAGCGCCGGGGAGGCUGUGAAGAACAUUGGAGGGUUGAACGUUGUGGGCUUCGCACCACAGCUCCACCCUCUGGGAGCCUCAGUUUCCUCAUCUGCUAACUGGAACAAGUCUGGCACUUAUAGGUGUCCAGUAAUUGCGAGUGUUUUUUCCUUUCCCCUUUCCUGAGGGGAAUUCUAAGAGUUUACACCAACUGCCUUCUCACCAGCAGAAAUGACUCAUUUGUCUCUUGUGUCCCCCGAGGGCAGGAGGGUGGCCUGGUCACCUUUAGUAGCCCUUUGGUGGUAGAGUUUCUUUGUACUGGGAGCCGGGGUGCACCGCUCAGACACUGGUGUCUGACCUUUAUCAGGACGUCUUCCAGCUUCCAGUGAUUAGGACUGCACUGAUUCCACUAAAUUAAAGUGGCAGUGGGAUAAGUGA